AAACUGUUGUCGUUUGUUACUUCGCGUUCGCCUCUCCAUCCAAUCAUCAUCGGCGCGCAUAUGUAUUAAAAAUUGUCAAUUUGUACUGAUACUGGAAGAAUCUACGCAAAUCCAGUGGCCUGGGUGCUCUCUCAGAUCGAGCUGGACGUUCGAUUCGCGCGUUUGUCGUCUUGCUUGUCUCUUGUUCCUCAUCGUUUCGCGAGUGAUUCUUAGCCAAGCUGAACCAACUGUGCCACAUUUUUGCAUAUUAUUAAUCGGGCCGCUUAUGCUGCUGCAGUCAGCACGUGCCUUUGUAGAUUGUUGCUAAAAUUAGAACACUUUAAAAAGUUGGUCAAAAAAUGGUCUUCUACAGAUUAGGGAGAUCCACUGUGUUGGUGGUUUUGAGCCUUCUAGUGACACUGACUAAUGGUGCGACGAUCAUCAGCGCGGAGGAAUCCGCAUCCCUGCGGGCGCCUUUGAACGAGGAGCCUGUAAUCGGAGUCCUAGCUCAGGAGAUGUCUUACUCCUUGGCGGCCAAAUACGAGGAGGACUACGAAAGCUACAUUGCGGCGUCCUACGUAAAGUUCGUGGAGGGUGCCGGCGCACGUGUGGUACCCAUCUGGAUCAAUAAACCGCGUGAAUAUUACGAAAACAUCCUCCCAAACCUGAACGGAGUUCUACUGCCCGGUGGUGCGACCUGGUUCAAUCAAUCCAACGGAUACGCCGAUGCCGGUCGCCAUAUCUACGAUGUGGCCGAGGAGAUCAACGUCCAGGGUGGCUACUUCCCGCUGUGGGGCACUUGUUUGGGUUUCGAACUGCUCACCUACCUGGCGGCAAACGGCGAUGAACAUCGGGCCCAUUGCAGUUCCAACAAUCAAGCGCUGCCGUUGGAUUUCAAACCGAACUUCCGGGAGAGUCGCAUGUUUGCCGAGACUCCGGAUGAAAUUGUGGAAAUUUUGGCUUCUGAGUAUGUCACCGCAAACUUCCAUCAGUAUUGCGUUACGGAGAAGAACUUGACCGAUUACGGGUUGGAUCGGGAGUGGCGCGUCAUGUCCACCAACUUGGACUGGAAUGAGCUGGAGUUUAUUUCGACUAUUGAACACAAAAUUCUCCCAUUCUACGGUGUUCAGUUUCAUCCGGAGAAGAAUAUCUACGAAUGGGUCCAGAACAAAAACAUCUCACACACGCCGAAUGCCAUCAAGGCAGCGCAGUACUUUGCAGACUUUUUUGUGAAUGAAGCUCGCAAAAGUGAAGGGCGCUUCCAGAGUGAGGACGACAUUGAUCAACACGUGAUCUACAACUAUCCGGUGUCGUUCACCGGCCUGAAGAAGUCGGCAUUCGAACAGUGCUACUUGUUUGAAGGUAAUGUAGACUACCGGGAGCCGAGUGAGGCGGCCAAAGCCCCGGGGGAUAACGGCGGUGCGAUAGUUCAACGAUACGUGGAGCGUGAGAAGAAAAAGUGCAACAAGCCGAGAAGUCGAAACUCCUGCUAGAAAUACUUCAAAUCAUCCCAGUCAAUUCACAUAUAGGACACCGAGAUCUCUGAUAACGAUUCGCGCCAUGAACUGCCGACUAGGUACUAGAGUAAGUAAUUGGACCAAGCUGUUUUAUCUGCUUCCCACAAUGGGCAAUCACGGAGCCACCGUCCUACCCACAUUGUAUUUUUGAUGCACCACCACAAUAAAAGCCAUGACAACAACGCAAGAUGA